UCCGAAUAUUCGACAUCACUCUGCACCAUUGCCGCAAUCGGUUGAAGCGCAGCCUCGAGCUGGGUCUCGAGCUCGUCGGCAUGUCGACAACUUACGCGGAUAAAUUAGAAGCUUUUCGAAAGAGCGAUGCCGAACGCGACGCCCUCGUGGCUCAGAUUCUCGAGGACUAUGAACAACUCAAGCUGAAGGUCGGGGAGAUCUCCGACGACUAUAAGAAUGAAGUUGCUUCACGACGAAUGUGGCAGAACAAAGCAGCUAGUUGCGAACGUGACCUCGAACAGGCACUCUCGCAGCAGAAGCAAGUAGCUUCCACUAGCAACUUCGCUGUAGUUUUAAUCGAUGGCGAUGGCGCCAUCUUCUCGGACUAUUUGUACGGAAUGGGCAAAGACGGUGGCGCCGAAGCAGCUCACCAGCUGCACAAAGAGGUGCAGAGACAUCUUAAAGCUAUCUAUCCAGAUUCUAAUGUUGACGACUGGAACAUUGUCGUUCAAGUCGUACUCAACCUGUCAGGGCUUGCUGCAAAGCUCCAGAGCUGCGGUAUCAUCAUGAGCCCCAACGAGCUUCUGGCAUUCGGGCGAUCGUUUGGUCUUGCCCAGCCACUCUUUAGCUUCGUCGAUGUAGGAGGUGGCAAGGAGAGAGCUGAUCACAAACUGCGCGAGCAUCUCAGACUUUACUUGCGCAUUGGCCAAUGCAAACACAUCUUCUUCGCUCCUUGUCACGAUAAUGGCUACUUGCCAGUACUCGAAUCUUAUCGCAGAGAACAUGCAAGUCGCAUGACUUUGAUCGAGACCCGUCCCGCUGAGCCUGGCUAUGUGGAACUUGGUCUGCGGCGCAUUCAGAUGCCCACCCUCUUUCGAUCCGACAACUUGCCUGGUGGUCCGGUCAAGAGUAUGCCCACUGUGGCAUUGGAGGCACCCACCAACUUCGCUGGGAUGUCGAACGCUGUGCUGUCCCCGCAGCCCAAGAAGCUUCCGAAUAGGACAGGUCUUUCAACGCAGGCGCAGAACGCUGCCAUUAUGCCGAAGGCCCCAUAGCCUGCUCCUUCCAAUGAGUCCGAUGGCUCCAGCUGGGCCACGAUAGGCAAGAACGGAGGUCCGACCAAGACUAUCAACAUUGCUCCACAGAAGAAGCCAAACCGCAGGUCCAUUCUGGUUAAUCGCUACAACGAACGCAUCGACGAAGACCUGCCCAGAACCGACCCAGCAGCUGAGAACAGAUUCCAAAAGCGCACUGAGACAUAUGGCAAACACUGCAACAGCUAUCAUCUGCUUGGACGAUGUGAACGAGGCGAAUACUGCGACUAUCACCACGGCGAAAAGCUCACCGCUGGCGAACGUCUCGUGCUAAUGCACAAGGCAAGAUCGCUCUCGUGUCCUAAGAAGAUCGCAUGCGUCGAUCCGAUCUGUCCAUACGGCCAUCACUGCAAAUACGGUGGAGGCCACUGCUACUUCGAUCGCUGCUACUACGCCGAUACUCACACGAUGGACCUUGAGCCGGCGAAGAAGAUCUACGAAGACGGCAGCGAGGAAUGGCUGCCAAAUUGUCUCGAGAAGUCUCGCUGAAAACUCCAGGAGAGCAUCAAAAAUUCUACAAGUAUCUUAUAGUUCAAUAUAUUUACAAAGACCUGCUCAGCAACUUCACUGAGCUGUGUGUCUCCCCUAUUUCUCAUUCUUAUCCCCAAGUAUGCGUACAAGCAUUGCUCGCCAGGCGGUGCCAGCUUUAGCAUCAGCGUCCACUUUCACGAGCUUAUGCAGUAUUUGCCCUCCUUCCAGCAUAUGACAGUUCUGAACAUCCAGCUUGAAAUUCCCCCUGCCCUUGAUUCGAACAUAUGCCAUGUGAUCCCGCAAGAACAUGCGCCUGACCUCUCUUGUAAUCCCAGGCCAUAUAUUGAUCAAACUCCUGUUGAACCUUGAAAGCGCCGAACCUUGUUUCAUCUCUAGCUUACCCAUGAAGUAAGCCGCAGUAAACCACUCCGCAUCUUUGAUCGGAUGCGAGAUAAAUCCAACAUUACCCGAAGCAGAGGGUAAAUUCCGAUCUAAAGCAAAGUCCUGCAGUGGAACUUCGAGCACUUUUGCUUUUGCCAAGGGCAUGAUUCUCUUCACGGAAACUCUUAGAUCCCAGGGAAUUCUGCCUGGGACGUGAUGCGCCGCUGGUUGUCGAAUCGCAGUGAUCGAUUUGAUCAUUUUCAUUGGCGCAAGGAGGAUAAAUGUGCCGAAGGCUGCUACUAGAAUCACUGUGAUUCCGCCUAUUCCUUUUAUGAUGUAUGGGACUUUUGGUCGUUCGGAGUUUGCGGGUGGGUCUUUGAGGACCAUUUCUGCGUAGCUGUAGCAGCCGGCGCAGAGGAGGGCUCCGAUGGCGAGGGAGCUGAGGAAGAAGGCUGUAUGGUUGGGUGCCGCGUAGAGGAGGACAUGGUCUUGCUUUCGGAAUCGAGUUGACAUCCAAUCUUCGGGUGGAGGUGCAAGAUUUUUUGGUAGUGGUGUUAAUUUUGGAGGCAUGGGCUGAGGAGGAAGAUCGCUUGCUGAUAUCAGGGGAGCGGGAGCCGGUUGAGGUUUGGGAAGAUUUCGAGCUUGAGGUGUGGGUGUUUGAGGGAGAGCGUUCUUGUACAUUGCUUUGUUUUUGCCGCCUUGCUUGCUUAAUCGGGCUGCGAUGCUGAAAUGUCUUAAAGGGAUGCUGAUGGUGAUGCCAUGGUGGAUGUUUGAGCAUGUACUGCUUGGCAAUGGCGUGCAGAGGAUUUGUUGUCGUAUGGCAGGCGGAAGCCGCAGUAGAAGCCGCAUGCUAGUCGCCAUUGCGACUGUGUUUGCUGUGCUCAAUGGAAGGCUGCAAUAAUUGAUGAAGUGAGGCUCUCCCGACACGUGCAGACGUGACGCGAGGCAAAG